GUUGCAUGCACCUGUCAGUUUCAAACUCACAACUGAUGUCGAUCGACUGUUUAGUAAACAAUAUGUCGGACGCAGGUGUGAGGAAGAUUUGGGUGGAACUAAAACGCCUAGAUCUUGACUCCCCAGAAUACAAAGUGACUCAGAGCAUACAAAUCCGAGAAGACUAUGGUUCAGAUGAGAUUCGAUCAAUCAUCAAAGAAACCUUUCAGCUUCAUGAUGAUGAUAUGGUACUGAAGCUGAGGAACCAUCGAGGGUCUCUAAUGCCGAUUAGCUGUAACAUAGCCAGCAAUUCCAAGUCGGUGCCCUAUUCAUUGGAGGUUGUACACAAAUAUCAGAAUGUCAAGCCAAAAGCCAGAAGUGUGAAACGGGACCGCUACAAUGAAACAAUGAAGAGGAAGAUUACUGAGAUACUUGCCAGGAUAGAGAAGUUGGAAAAUGCAACACCGGAGCUGAGAGAGCGACAGAACAAGAUUAUCACAACUGAAAUGGAAGAACUUGAGAAAAAACUUGGAUUUCUGACAAAACGUUUCCAUGAGGCAGACAACACAACUUGGAAGGGCAUGUUUAAGAAGAAUCCUUUCUGGUGAUUCAGAGACAAAAGUCAUUUUUAUUAAUAUACAUGCACCAUGAAUCAUGAUCAGUUAAGUGUUUUGUUAGGAUAUAAAUAAAACUGAAGCUGUGAUAAAGCUUACAGAAGAAGCUGAUGAUUUAGGAUCUGGUUGUGACAGCAUUAUUGUAUUUUAUGCCCCUGCCAUAUCUUGGUUAGUGGCAUGUAAUUUUACCCUUGGCCAUCAUUCCAUCAUAAUUUCGUUCCAUUAUUUAAUUUUUAGGUAUAGAAUUAUAAUCUGAUAUGUAGUAGUAUUAUGAUAAUAUGCAAGUCAAGAUCUGAAUUGGUUAUUGUAAAUUUUGUUUUUUUUCUGAGCCAUACCUAUUUACCUUUUAGAAUUUUAUUUAAAUUUUUCAUACAAAAAAAAGUAAGACAAAAUUUUAGAGCCUUGCCGUUUUUUACUUCAGUGGGAAUUUAAAAAAAAAAGUACACUAAAAUGUAGAAUCGCUUUUUUACCAGACGUUAUUGUUCCAGACCUACUUGUGUCUCUAUACUACUUGUUGUUUGCCCUAAACCAUUCUGUGUUCUGUUCUUAUUCUCCCAAAACCAUUUUGAUUGUUCUGAGAUGUUUGUCUAGGCUGCAGCUUCUUACUGGCUAGACUAGAUCAAUUUAAAUUCAUUGAUACAUCAUUAAACCCAAUAUGUAUGAUGGCAAACUUAAAGCCAUGUGUAGCAUUUCAUUUUCAGGCCUGUAUGUCCAUGGUCUAAGUGAAAUUCAAUGUCCUGUUCCGACUUCUAACAUGCUGAAGGUAUGUUUAAGAUGAAAGGCAGUGUGUCUUAUACCUUUCCAUGCCUGUAUACCCAAUUAGGUUUAGGUCAAAAGUCAGACACUAAUUUUGGUAUAAAACAGGCAUUCUGACUCACCAAUGAUUAAUGAAGUUUUAUUUAUAUGUAUGAAGAAUGUUAAUAUGGUGCGUUGGAUACCACUAUUUGGUCUGGUGUGUCAACUUGUGCUGAUGGACCAUAUAUAUGUUUACACAAGUUUGACUUAAACAAUAUAUCCCUGUUUCAUUGGAAUCUUUUCCUUUCCUGUCGCAAUAACUUUUCAUGUAGCAUAAACAUAGCAUAAACAAUUUGUUUUACUGAUUUUUCAUGUUCCUUCGGUCAUUAAAACUUUUCCUGUACUAAUCUAUUAUAAUAUUUCACGAGAAGAUCAAACAUUUGGCAUGUACCCGUACAUUUUGCCAAGUCUAGAUUGUGGGGAGUCAUGUACCAAGAGUGCCAGCUUUUGUACAGUCACUUUGAUCUCCGAUUCCAAACUUUCAAAGAGGUUGUUCAGGAAAUAUCACCAAUACUGUUUUACUUGUAGCUCCCAGUUUUGUUAUACAAAUACGUUAGAUAGUUUUUGUCCAAUAGAGAGUAGACAUGGAAAGCGACAUUGUUCCUCCCAUAUGUGGACUUAAAUUGUCCGUUGAUCCUUGGGCAUUAUAGAUUUUAAAACCAAAAUCAAGGUUUUAUUUCCAAUGACAAAAAUGGCAGACUGCAGUACCUCAGGGUUAAAUGAAUAUUGUCAUUGAUUCUGUUCGUGUUGUGGUAUAAUAUCUGUGAUAUGUUAAUUUACGUUUGACUAUAUAUAUACUUAUCAAGCAAUUAGGACCAUGUCUGAUAAGCCCACUACGUCAAAAAAUAUAAUUCCUUAGAAUAACUUAAAGAAAUGCUAGAUUUCAUUGUAAUACAGUAAGCCUAUAUCCAAUUUCAAAUAAAAGUUUUGUGGUUUUUGCCCCAUGGGUGUAUUGCAGGAGGAUACUGACAAUGUAUAUGGAUCAGGAGUUAAUGUUGGCUUUUAUCUUCCUAAAUCAGUUAUCAUGAUGUUGAUGUUGAAUCAUGGCAGAAAGGAGAGAUCAUUUGACCAUGAUAAUUCUGACAUCAGAACCUAGAUAGUCGUAGUUAAUUUCAAGUUUGAUUCCAAAAAUAACCAAGUUCUAACAGAAAAAUUUUUACCAGGCAAGGUUAAUUACCAAUACGGCCAUUAGUUGUGCCAUAUCUAUCAGACAGACAGCCUAUUGAGUAACCGGCACCAGACUGUUACACUUACCAGAGAUAAUUACAGAAAUCUGGUUGUCAUGACAAUGAAAUCAGUAUUAUAGGUAUACACAUAUAUCUUUUAUGUGAUGGGAGUAUGGCUUACUGGUGUCUACAUAGUCAGCUUGACCCAACAGGAAAAUCAAUGUUUCAAUAAAUAUUAUGAUUUAUCAAAAAUUUGUUAGAUGUAGGUAUCUAAGAUAAUUAGGUGCUAAAAGUAAAACAACAGAUUUGAAAAUU